UUGUGUUAAUAUAAAUAAGCCUUCAUUCUGAAACUUCUUUCCAACACACCUUCUUUCUUCCAGUGACUUCCUUUUUCCCAACAACAAAAAUUGGAAAGAAAAAGAAAAAGAAAGGUAACAUGAAUAACAUAAACCAAUCGAUAAAUACAGUGGCCGGCGGAUCUUGUGAGAAGAGAACCAAUGGUUUGGGUAUGGAAGCUCCGAAAUUCAAGUCUCUUCAGCCGCCUCCAUUCCCCAUGUCUCCUUCUUCUUACCUUUCCGCUUUCUCUUCUGGUUUAAGCCCCACUGAGCUUCUCAAUUCCCCUCUCUUCUCCUUUGGUCUUUUUCCUUCUCCUACUACUGGUUCCUUCAACUUGAGAAAUGAUUACGAUGAUGCCGACCACCACGAAAUGAAGGCAGAUGCCAAAAAUUACUCCUAUUCUUCGUUUAACCCUCAAACAAGAUCCUCUGUUUCGUCUUAUUUUCAGUCCUCUUCUUCCAACGUGACUCUACCGAAUCCAGGCGGUUUGUCGUGUGAUGAAAGUGGAGCGAAAUCUGAAGUCGUUGCCACAGAUAUGGCGGCAGCUCAAUCAAACCCAGUUUCUCAGCUACCUGUUUAUAACAGAGAACAGAAAAAAUCGGAGAACGAUGGAUAUAACUGGAGAAAAUAUGGGCAAAAACAAGUGAAAGGAAGCGAAAAUCCACGAAGUUAUUACAAGUGCACUUUUCCCAAUUGCCCAACAAAGAAGAAAGUUGAAAGAUCUUUAGAUGGCCAAAUCACUGAGAUUGUUUACAAGGGAAGCCAUAAUCACGCCAAGCCCCAGCCCACAAGACGUUCCGGUAACUCCGCCGUUUACGACCCAUCGGCGGCGGAAUCCACCUUGCUGCUGGAGGAUUCCUCCGUCUCAGUGGGGGACGAUGAAGUCGAACCCAAUUCGCCGUUUAGCAACUCGGUGGACGACAAUGAAAAUGAACCGGAAUCUAAAAGAUGGAAAGGGGAAAAUGAAAAUGAGGGAUUUUCUGGGGGUGGAAGCAGAACAGUGAAAGAGCCAAGAAUUGUGGUUCAAACAACGAGCGAAAUUGACAUACUGCCUGAUGGCUAUAGAUGGAGGAAAUACGGACAAAAAGUGGUCAAAGGAAAUCCAAAUCCGAGGAGCUACUACAAGUGCACAUCUUUAGGGUGCCCUGUAAGGAAACACAUAGAGCGGGCGGCCAACGACACGAGGGCCGUGAUCACUACCUACGAAGGCAAACACAACCACGAAGUCCCUGCAGCACGCGGCGGCGGUGGAAGCUUCUAUAACGCGGUCAAUCGACCUGUACCUGCCAGCAUUCCAAUGCCAGUGAGGCCAUCCGCUGCCGUCAGCCAUUCCUUCCCGACAAAUUUUCCGGCCUCCUUCCUGGCUGGAAAUAUAAACAUGUCAGAAAUAGGAGCACGAGCAGCACCAUCAUCAUUCCCGUUUCAGACAUCACAAGGAGUGCCCCCAAGUUUUCAAGUUUCAGGAUUUGGAACAGCCGCCAAGGAAGAGGCCGAAGACAACAUGUUCUUCAACUCAUUUCUAUCUUAGAUUAUACAAAAACCAACAAGUUUUACAGCUCUCUCUCUUUUCCUUUUUUUUGUAGCUUUGUAAAAUUAAUAGAAACAAGAACAGAAUACAUUAACUGCCACAAAUUUGUUGAUUGUUUAGGUUAGAGAUUAGAGGACAUCUCGCUUGUUCUAUCAAUUAUUACCCAGAAUUUUACACAUUACAAUAAUUAUUAAGUUAAAAUUCUAUAGC